GCUAUACACUUUUCCCACGCAUAUUUCCCACGUUGGCACCAGUCUUCAGUGUAACUAGAAAUUUCGCGUCAUACUUUAUGUUGAAGUUUUCCAGAGAGAUUUAGCCGUUUUAGUUCUCCGUUCCGUGCUGUCGAGCUUAGAGAUACGAAACAAUACGAGAGACCUAUAUGCACCUGGGGGAAGACCUCGUGAAAAUUGUACCCCUCAAAAUACAAUCAUGUCCACAAUUUCGAAGCCAGACAAUCAAGAGGACAGAUCUGCAGAAUGCAAAGCCAUGCGGACUCCGAAAUGUGCUCGUUGCAGAAAUCACGGCUUCAUCGUGCAGCUAAAAGGACACACGGGCAAGUGUCCGUUUUAUCACUGCUCUUGUUGGAAAUGCUCGCUUAUUACAGAAAGGACGAAGAUUAUGGCAUCGCAGAGACGUUUGAAAAAGUUACAAAACGAAGAAGCUUUAGGAAAUGCUAACCUAACUUCCGAGAAGGAACCUCUUACCACUACAAAAUUCUCCGAUUGCUGGACAGGGGUGUUUAAAAGCGGUCGAGAAGGCGCUGGGUCGCGACCCGAGAGUUACCUACAAGGGGAACCCCCUGUCCCCAAGGUGCAGCAGCUGUCUGCCAGGACAGAAAGUGUAAUUAAAAAAUCGGCAAGGAGACAGGGUUGCGAGAGUUAUUGCACCGAGCUAGCGGUGCCUUUCGAGACUAAAAGUGAUCAUUUGAAUGUUCCCAGAAUGGCGGCAUCCAGUUCUCUUGGAGGCCCUUCGCAGAAUUCAGACUUGGAAGCGGCGGGAGACCGUCCCCCCUUAGCUCAGUGGGGAGCUGUGGGCAGAGACGUGAAAGACAACGCCUUCGUUAUAGGCAGAAACCCAUCUCAUGUGCCGAAGGAUUUUGCACUGGCAGAGGUCACCCAGGGCGAAAUGGGUACAGGGCAGUUCAUGAAUGUGCCCAUCCCUGUAAAACUGUACACCCAGUAUCCCAACGGCUACUCCUGCCAGGCCUUCUUACUUAGCAUGCCACCAGCCCCGGGACCGAUGGAGAGCCACUCUCUCCAUUCUGUUCAGCUUGGCUUCUCCCACUUCCAGCCUAACAGCUCGGUACAUUUACCAGAGUCCCCACAGGUAAGGAGACUGCGUUUCUCUGAGCAGAACAGUGAACAGAACAGUUUCUCUGAGCAGAACCGUCAUGAGAAAACGACAUAUCAUUUUCUCCAGUUCCAGAAUCCCUGACUCAGUAGGCAGUAGGCAAUGACUUAAAUUAAUACCGUAAUGUGUUUAGCUGUUUGAUGUUAAUAUUUUGUAGAGUUACUGUACACAGUUUACCGUGUUUUUAGUAUGGAUACAUGCAGCGCCUGUUACUGUAUCUGCUCAUACCAGUGCAGUCAGGGCCGUCUCAAAGUGGGGGCGAAGGGGGCG